AUGGCUGACUCGGUGCUCAACCAUUCCUGGCCGGCCUUCUCCAAGCUGUGGCUGAAGCACUGGGCCUUCAAAAGAGGCUCUGAGGCGAAGCCAUGUGUCCAGCCCUUUGACUCUGGGGCUGCAGCCUCAGCCACCAACAGCAGCAGUGGUUCCUGCCCUGGUCCCUGGAGGCCUGAGAACUCAGACUUUUUCUCCACCAUGGGGGAUGAGCAGGCAGGUGUCUGUGAAGAAGAUGACUCUCCAGAGCAGCUGGAAGAGAGCUCCGAGGACCUCAGCCUAGACUUGGGAGCACUUCAGGGCAGCGAGUAUCUCCAGGACCUGGGGCUGGGGGCCCCUUCCCACAGCCUGUCUCGGGGGCACAGCAACAGUGCCCUGCCUAGUGAGGCUGGAGGAGAUUCACCCUUCUCCGGCUCGGCAGGUCCCCCAGGCCCACGGGCAAAGAGGCGCAGCUGGGAGCGAUCACGGAGCUGCUCGGAGACCUGGCAGAGGCUCAGCCUUGAGUUUUCAGCAGAGGACGAGGGGCCCUCUCUCCCUCGGACACUGGCCAGCCUCGCUCUGAACCUGUCAGGAGGGGGCCUGCAGGCCUGGACCCAGGAGUCAUCCGGAGGUGAGAGCCCAGCAGAGCCCUCAGGCAAGGAAGGUGACGGCCCCAAGGGCGUCAAAAGAGGGCGGUCACGGUCGGUUCCUGUGUCCUCCCAUGAGAUCAACUCCCUGAACCUCCCUCAGGGUUUGGAGGUGGCCUGUCCAGCUGUUCAAGGCCUGGACCCACCAGUGCUGGAGUGCGUGGAAAAGGACCACGUGGAGCCCGAUCAUGUGCUGAUUGUCCAGCAGGUACUUCAAGAACUCCGACAGUAUCAUGGGGCCCGGCAGAGGGCUCGCUUGUCGGCCAGCCCUGGAGCGCCCCACUCCAACAUCACCUGGUUCGAGUUCCUGUCUGAAAACGAGGACGGCGGAGGCAGAACCGAGAGAAGCGACCGAGGCACCGGGGUGAAGCGCAGACUAAGCUCCCUCCGCAGCCGGGUCACCAGGCAGAAGGAGAAGGGUAAGAGCCCAGCCCAUCAGAAGGACAAGGGGCAAGAUGCUCCAGAGAGACGAGAGUGUGUCAACGGGCACCCGCUGGUGCAAGGAACCUUCUGUGGCCACUCCAGCUGCCUGCAGUGUGGCAAACCGUUCCUGAGAUCCAGACUGGCCGACAGCAGGUCUGGCCUCUCAGAUUUCAGCCAGACGCUAAGUCCGAGGUCUGCCCUGGAGGCGUGGCCGCGCCUGCGCAUCUCGUGCCGCGCGGCUUCCCGCUUCCGGCUCCGGGCUGGAGGCGUCUGUGGAUCCGGAGAGGCUGGGCAGCGGUGGCGGCGAGAGCGGCCGAAGAGGGUACAGCCAGUGGACAGCCUGCGGGGACUGGCCCGAGAGGCAGUGCAGGAGAAUGUGAACAGCCGAUGA